AUGGCCAAGCUGACUAGGAUCGUGAAGAAGAUCCUACUGAAGGACGCCCCCGAGCGUGACACUCGCCGGCCGGAGGCAGCGCCUCCGCCUUCGGUGGAGUCCCUCGCCACGCGCGGUUUGGCGCAGCCCACCGUCGACUUCGGGAACCUGCCGAUCAUCGACGACAACGAGUUGCGGCUGCGCGCCAAGGCGAAGGCUAUGGUGAAGGUGAGCCGCAAGGGCUCGGGUAUCGCAAAGGAGCGCAACACCGCCUCCAAGUUCAAGGCUAAGGUUGUGCGUCCCAAGGUGAAGAACGCCGACGCUUCGUCCAAGCCGGUUAUACCCGCGGCAACCGAGGAUGCCGACUCGGAUUCCGCGCCGCAGAGCCCCGUCAAAAAGCCGACCGGUGGCACCAAGCAUGCCGCGAAGACCAAGGCUAAGCCCGCGGCGCCGAGCACCAAGGUCAUCAAGAGCGACGUGAAGAGCGAUUCGCGCGGCAAGCGCAAGCGUGAAGCCCGUAAGGAGAUGUGGCGUCGAAAGUACGACUUCUCGAACGAGGCCAAGCGGCUCGUGGCCGCGUUCCACGAAGAGGACAAGCACGGCCCCGCGCUGGGCAACCUUGCCGGCCUUAAGGGCGAGUUGUCGUCGCUGGAACAGAUGAUGCAGAGCGCACCUCCGGCGGCGCGCGAAUCUGCGAAGCCCAGCAGCAAGCGCCUGCUGCGGGCGAAGAUACGAAACAAGGCGAUGCUGCAGGCCGCUAUGAAGAACACAUAA